CAGUCGAACAUUGACAACCCUUUUGAAAAUGCCCCUGUAGGUCACGACUCUUGGUGCAUAUGUUCUUGCAACUUCAUAGAGCUCGUAUCAGUCUCAACCAUCGGAUUUGUAUCGAUUCCGGUUUAACCGAUUCCCUUGACCCGACCCGCCCGGUCGAGGGGAAGAGAGGUGGUCAAGGAAACCGCAGGAGGGAAGGGCGCGACGACACGAAGGGGGCCACGCGGUGGGGCUAUUGCCGUUUUGUCAAAAGCCUAAACACGUGCCACCUCCGUGAUUCCGGAGCAAAACAAAAAAUAAAAGGCCCCUCCCUUCAAACAGUGGCAGUAUCGUAAAUAGUGGACUUUCCCAGGGCAAAUAACUCCACCCACUACGUUUUUAGCUCACCUUCUCCAAACCAAACCUCCAUCCAUAAUUACUUUCCCCUCAGCGGAACGGAAAGGGACCCGCCCCUUCCUCCCCGCCAAAUCCUAAUCCGAAACCGGCGAGAGAGAGAGAGGGGGGUCGCCGUUGGCCGGAGGAGAUGGCGUCGGGGACGAGGACGCCGACGUGGAGGGAGCGGGAGAACAACAAGCGGAGGGAGAGGAGGCGGCGGGCGAUCGCGGCGAAGAUCUACGCUGGGCUGAGGAUGUACGGGAACUACAAGCUCCCCAAGCACUGCGACAACAACGAGGUCCUGAAGGCCCUCUGCAAUGAAGCCGGCUGGACCGUCGAGGAAGACGGCACUACUUACCGCAAGGGAUGCAAACCCGUGGAACGCAUGGAAAUUGUGGGAGGCUCGACAUCGGCGAGCCCGUACUCGUCGUACCAGCCCAGCCCCUGUGCAUCCUAUGACCCGAGUCCUGCCUCAUCGUCCUUCCCGAGCCCGGUUCGGUCUAAUUGCCCUCCCAAUCCAAAUGGAAGCGCCGAUGCGAGUUCUCUCAUCCCAUGGCUCAAAAAUCUCUCAUCGGGCUCAUCCUCAGCUUCGUCCAAGCUUCCUUUCAAUCUCUAUGGGGGCUCCAUAAGUGCUCCUGUCACGCCCCCUCUGAGCUCUCCUACCUGUCGAACCCCAAGAACUGACUGGGAUGACCAGAACAGUGGAAUGGCUUGGGCAGGGCAUGGGCAGCAUGGUUCAUUCCUGCCAGCAUCGACCCCUCCAAGCCCGGUCAGGCAAGGCAUUCCUGACUCUGGCUGGCCGAGUGGGCCCUCUUCGCCCACAUUCAGCCUCGUCGCUCGGAACCCAUUUGGCUUCAAGGAGGAUUGUCUGUCUAGGGGAGCGUCAAGGAUGUGGACCCCGGGGCAAAGCGGGACAUGUUCUCCAGCAAUUCCUGCUGGGCUAGAUAACAAUGCGGACAUUCCGAUGUCAGACUGUACAAUUGCAGCGGAGUUUGCUUUCAGAAGCAACGCGGUGGGAUUUGUGAAACCGUGGGAAGGGGAGAGGAUUCAUGAGGAGUGCGUCUCUGAUGAUCUCGAACUCACUCUCGGGAACUCCAGCACCAGGUAAAUGCAGGUUUAUGGAGAGUUGUAGCUUUUAUGUGUCCUGCCUGAGCCAUUUGCAGCAGUUUAUUGUGGAGAUUGAAGUCUGGGUGUUUCAAUUGGCAUGAAGAGCCAGCCAAACAAGUACAGUGACUAGGACAGGAUCAGCUGUCUUUGUUUUAUCCUUCCUUUCUCUAUUUUCCUUUUCAGUUUUUUCUUUUUUAAUUUCUUUGUUGUUCAGAAGAACCAAAAAAAUUAAAUUAUAAAUAGUUCAUGAGUGGUGAAUUUGCCCAAUUCAGUUUGCUAAGCUGCAAUUUCUCAA